AUGCCUCCAAAGAAUACAGGCGAGCCGGAUGAGAUCACUGGCCAAAGUGCACUCCCCAUUUCUCGUAUCAAAAAGAUCAUUAUGCUCGACGACGACGUCGCACAAUGCUCCAAUAAUGCAACCUUUGUCAUCGCCAUGGCUACUGAAAUGUUCAUCCAAUACCUCGCUGAGCAAGGCCACAAUGUGGUAAAAUCAGAACGGAAACCUCGGAAGACUGUCCAAUACAAAGACCUAGCUACGGCUGUGUCACAUAUCGACAACCUCGAGUUCCUCUCCGAUGUAAUUCCCAAGACUACGACCUACAAGCAAUUCAAGGAGAAGAAGGCCAAGGAGGCGGGCGCACCUGGAGAGUUGGAAAAGGGUCAGCGGACAUUGAACGGUACCACUCCUGUGACUGGAGAAGGGAAUGGUAUCCCAGGGGAAUCAGCAACACAUCCAGAGGUUUCAAGUCAAUCACCAACCAUUCCUCGUACACCCGUGGUACCUGUGAGUGCGCUGAUGGCGGACCGGACAAUCAGUUCUUCGGCACACCACGACUCUGAUGUUCAAAUGCAAGAUUGA